CACCGUAACACAGCAUCACAUUGACGCAUCCCCACAACCACAAUGUGAAACACUUCCCCAGAAACUCACAAUCCAAUUGCACGCAUAACUCCCUCCGUAGACUAAAUCUGCUGCAGUGAAUCACUGCCAGUUGUUCGAAUGAACCACCGCGCGAUGCGGUAUGUGAAGAAAUUGCUAUUGUUCCUCUACCAACAUAAUAGACAGGGGAGGGCAGUGAAUCACUGUCUCUCCACCAAAUCUCCAACUAUAUAAGACCUCUCGCGUUCCUCUGCUGACUUUCCCUUCUCCCUCAUCAUCAACAACUUCCACUCCUUCAAGCACGUUACAUUCCCUUAGCACACAUCACACUCUCUACACUACAACAAACCACAAGCUCAACACUCUUUUCAAGAUGUUCUCCAAGCUCUUCCUCUUCGCUCUUCCCCUCGUCUUCGCAGCUCCAGCUGUCAAGCGCACCGAGGGCGACAUCACCUUCUACACCCCCGGCAAGGGCGCCUGCGCUGGAACCCACGGCGUCGACGACAUGGUCGCUGCCGUUGGUGCCAACCUCUACGACACUCAGGAUGUCUGCGGCAAGACCAUCACCCUCCAGGGCGAUGCUGGUACCGUGACCCUCACUGUCGUCGACCGCUGCGAGGCCUGCAAGGACACCGACCUCGACGUCUCACCUGCUGCCUUUGAGCAGGCUAUCGGACCCAAGGACAUUGGACGCGGCAAGGGAACUUGGGUUUUCGCUUAAGUACCAACACUCUUUUCAUGAGAUCACGACUUUUGGGACGACUCAACGACUUUCUCUUCUCGUACACAAGUUUUACCACGGCCGAACAUAAGGGAGGCAUUUUGACGGAGACACGAAUGAUGAAUCUUUGCUCCUCAUAACAUGCGACAUG